CGAUUGCCCUGGCUUCACCUGCGGGGGUUCACCAACUACACGACGGGAUAGGACCGUCCCAUGGGGCUCCCUCGAGCCAAGUCCGCGCUGCGUUCGCUUUUCGCCUGCUCCCGUUCCAAGCGAAGAAUUGCACACGGUCCGAGUAGCAGACACACAUAAACAAUUGCUGAUAAGUCAAAGCUGCAAGCCUGUAAGGCGCGCGCAGCCGAGAGCGGUAUGAUGCGCAGCAAGGCCGGCUCCGCUAGCUCUGCAGGCGACCCUGCGGGUAGCAGUGGCGUCAGCGCCGUGCAGCCUCCAGCACCCGCCGCAGCUGAGCAGCACCAGCACCGGCACCAGCAGGAGCAGCUACCCCGGGUCCCAGGGAGUGGCCCAAUGUCAGUGGCAGCUGAUGCGGCCUACUUGUCAGUGCCCACCAUCCGCGGGGAGGUCGAGGCCGAAACGGGGCAGCAUGCCGGUGCAGCGGGCCGGCGGGAGGACCUGCAGGAGGCUGUGGACUGGAUGAUGGAGCGGUCGGAGCGAUGAGGCAGCCUGCCAUGGGUCGGCUUGCCGGCGCCCUCCGGUGAGCAAGGCAGCCGCUGGGCGCUGGUGGUGGGCGCCAGAGCCAGUCAAGCUGCUUGAGUACCGGCUGUGUGGAGGCAUGCAGGCGCUGGACAUUGCGUGCGGGAUGAGGAAGUUGCACCGCGCAUUCGAGGGGGCCAGCCCGAACCCCGCAGGUGGUGGCCUGCCCGAACCCGCUUCAGCACGGACCCGUGUGGGGCUGCAGAACCCGUCAUUCCAGUCAGCUCCCUCUGCUAUAACUUUAAUUUUGGCAGCGUUCACGUGUUAUUGGGGAUGCGGACCGUAUCUGGUUGAUACCGCGUGUGGUCGAAUUCCCGGAAGCCUGCCUUCUCCCGUUUGCACCUGUGAAUUGGCCAGCCGUCAAGUGGCAUGGAAGGGAUUUUGAAAGCUGAAUUGAUUAUGUGUGUCAUCCGAGAACGAAAUGACUCGAAAAAC